UGGCCCUGCCCACCGAGCAUAAAAGCUCUGACAAGCCGCUGAGAACACACUUGGCUGCUCAGUCUGGGCUGGCUGACAAGGAGGGUGGUUGGGAGCCGUCGGUCACUGCCUGCUGCGAAGCCACCAGGACUCCACGCUGCCCCAGCCGACCACCCUGUGGGAAACCUGGAGCAAAGUGGUGUCUUCGAGCCGUCACUUCUGUGCCUCUUCUGGGACCUGCGUUGUUCCCUGCUCUUCUCAGCCGGACCAGCCCGCUGUGCCUCAGUUCCCUUUCUGGCCCCUUCUGGCCAGUGAGAGGAAGCAGACCACAGCCCAGUGGAGAGUCCCCAGCACCUCACACUGAGUGAGGAGAUGACGCAAGGAGAGGAGCCCAUGGAUCAGAAACCGUGCCUGAAGGAAGACUUCGGGCAAGAUCCAAAAGAAGACGGUAGAAAUCAAGGCUCUGAUGUGUGGACUCAUCCCAGGGAGUGGGUUCCAGGCUUAUAUAGACAGAUUCGUGCUUGUAUUGGUGAUGUCACGAACAUCACGUUCUGCAAAUGUUUGACCAGUAAAGUCACAAUCUCAGUCUAUGGCUUGAUCAUGAUCGUUCUGGUAGCAGUCUUAGGUUUGAUAUUAAAGGCGGAGGAGACUGUGCGUAUCUGAGUCCUGCCUUUGUUGGAUCUUCAAGGUGCUCUUCACAUGCACACUGGAUCUGCAGCAAACAGGAUGCAUAUACAGCAGGAAAGGGAAGGAAAGCCAAGGAUAUGAACAUCAGAGAAUAAAUAAAAUGUAACCUGGGAAAGCUUGAAGCCCUUCCACCUGCAGACAGAGCAGUCUGAGUAUUUAUUCCCUAAGUUCUCCAACGUUUUGUCCUGGUUCAGACUGUAAGUAGCGCAGCUACUCAAGCAGCGCAGCUUCCAUGUUCUCCGCAACUGGAUCCAAAGCUGAACGGAGCUGUCGCUUUCUCAGGAAUCUUUUCUGAAUGUAACUAUCCCUGUUUUACUCACUUCUAGGUGUACACAUUCACUGGUGUUUCCCCAUGUACGUGUAAAUGCUGGGCCUUGGAGAGGCCUGCCUGAAGGAGCGGUGUCCGGUCUGCAGAUCGUUCAAAAAGCAGACUUCGGUGGCAGGGGACCGUCACCUUAAGCGGUGCCUGCUUGAGUAAGCCUUGAGGCCUGACCUAGUACUGAGGCCUUUCUUGGGCAGCAAAACCCCCUUCCCAUGUUUCUGAGGCCCCAGGCCUCCUCAUCCUCCCACUACAUUUCACUUGAGGGAGUCUGGGAGCCAUUGGUGGACCACUGCAGCUACCAGGCCUUGGCACCUCGAGCCAAGAUGGAGGUCACUGGUCCGGCGCCUAUGUGCCGCUGGGGAUGUUAGUGGUUAAUACACCCUAGCCCAGCUGCCGGGGGUGCUCUAGCCCAGCUGGGCUAGAGUGCCCCACUACUCCUGUUUAAUUGGCCAACCAGUUAAUUGUUAAGUUUAACCUGUUAAUUCAUAAACGGGGUUUUACGUCCCUACUUGCCACUCGUGAAUUACCCACCCCAGCGGCCAUCUUGGGCCCAAUGGGUGGCUCCUCAUUCAUGGAGGCCUUGCUUAUUGUUGAAGAUAAGACUGAGAACCCCGUCUAUGCCUCAUUGGAGGCUGCGGAUUAGACGUGGGUUCAGAUAUCUGCAUUUCCCUUGUCUGCGGAGCCACUGGAGUGUCCUUGUCUGGAAGCCCUGGGUUGGGAACGAGACCUGCCUUUGAUCCGCAAAACAGCAGUAUUGUCUGGUUCGUCCUCCCCUCCCAUCCUGGAGAACUUGACGGCCUGUUACCAGGGUGUUCAGGGAGAACGUCUCCAGAAUAACUUGUA